AUGAAAGAAGAAGAAGGGAGGUGCAUUGCGGCCUUGGAGGCCUUUAAUGUAGCCGACAAAAGGAUAAACAAGCUGAAAAACAAACUGACAGAGGCAAAAAGGGAAAAGAAGAGUGUUGAAGCCACCUUGGAAGGGGCUGAAAGGCAGGUUGAGGGUCCACGGAGGCAACUUCACCAGACCGAAGACCAGCUGGCCACUGCCAAGGAGCAAAUUGCGGUCUUAAAAAAGAAAUUGGAAGAGGCCGAAAAAGCUAAGGACCAGGCCAAGCAGGACGGCUAUGACGUAGGGGUGGCAGAGACCAAAGAGACCCUUAGGGCUGAGGUUUCGGAGGAUCCCCUUAAAGAGAACGAGGUACCUCCCAGGAUGGAGAUUGUUCUUGCAACUCUUCCAGUGCCUGCUAUAGGUGGCCUCAACAAUAAAGACCAAGGAUCCUCGGAGGCAGCACUCUCCCAAUCUACCAAGACCCCACCAAAGGAUAAGAUUGUAAUAAAGAAGAAGUAG